GUAUGCAGAAUACGAAAGUGACUUCAACCGUUGGGAAGUGGAUAGUUUACCAUAUAGGCAUCAGUUUACUGUAUAGGUUUCAGACGAAGUCCAGAAGAAAAAUAAUAUUUUUGGUGCAAUAUCAGUAGUUUAAGAAAUAAUUCUGCGAAAACAGUGACGAGGAAGACAGUGCGUAUAUUAUAAUUAGUUAGUUUAGUCAUUUAUUGAUUGCAAUGCGUUAGCUAACAUCCUGAUAGAAUCUGUAGGUCUACAAAUUUCGGUUGCCGACACAACGCUGUAUUUUUAUCGCGAUUGUAUUGAAGAUUAUUGUAGCAGUUAUACAUGUCCAAUUUUCGAAAAGAAUAUGUACGCCAAAUUAGCGUCUUUAUUAUACUAGCCAAUUGCACAGAGGAUGUUUUCCCGCCAUAUUAGUAAAAUUUGUUUCGGUUACAUAAAGACACGUUGCAAUAUAAUGAGUAUAGCAGUAGAAAAUGGAAGUGGCGAAAAUGUACAAAAGAAAAAAACUAUUGAACGUAUAUAUCAAAAGAAAUCUCAAUUGGAACAUAUUUUAUUACGUCCCGAUACCUAUAUUGGGUCCGUGGAACCAGUAUGUGAACUGAUGUGGGUUUUUGACAAAGAAAAAGAAUGUAUGAUACAGAAGGAGAUAAAAUAUGUUCCUGGCUUAUACAAAAUAUUUGACGAAAUAUUAGUAAAUGCAGCAGAUAAUAAGCAAAGAGAUCCAAAAAUGGAUACAAUUAAAAUUGAAAUUGAUUCGACAAACAAUAUUAUAUCUGUAUGGAAUAAUGGUAAAGGCAUUCCAGUAGUAGUUCAUAAAGAAGAAAAUAUGUAUGUUCCCACAAUGAUAUUUGGUCAUUUGCUAACAUCAUCUAAUUAUGAUGAUGAAGAAGAAAAAGUAACAGGUGGUAGAAAUGGCUAUGGUGCCAAAUUGUGUAAUAUUUUUAGUCAUCGUUUUACUAUAGAAACUGCAUCCAAGGAAUAUAGAAAAUGUUUAAAACAGACUUGGAGUAACAAUAUGGGAAGUGCAAGUGAACCAAGAAUUAAAGAUUUUUCUGGUGAAGAUUUUACAAAAGUCAUAUUUUCACCAGAUUUAUCAAAAUUUAAGAUGGAAUGUUUAGAUGAGGAUAUAAUCUCUCUUAUGUCUCGAAGAGCCUAUGAUGUAGCAGCCUCUACUAGAGGUGUCAAAGUUUACCUUAAUGGUACUAGAAUUCCUGUAAAAAGUUUUAAGGAUUAUAUUGACUUCUAUAUUAAGGGUAAAGAAGAUGAUGCUGGUAACCCUUUAAAAAUUGCAUAUGAAAAUUGUGGGCCACGUUGGGAAAUAGCUGUAACUAUAUCUGACAAAGGCUUUCAGCAAAUGUCUUUUGUAAACAGUAUUGCAACAACAAAGGGUGGUCGGCAUGUAGAUCAUGUUACAGAAUUGAUAGUGAAGCAAUUGACAGAAACUCUUAAAAAGAAAAAUAAGGGUGGACUAACAAUAAAACCAUUUCAAAUAAAAAAUCAUUUAUGGAUAUUUGUUAAUUGUCUUAUCAAUAAUCCUACGUUUGAUUCACAAACAAAGGAAAACAUGACAUUACAAGCUAAAAGUUUUGGAUCAAAAUGUACACUUAGUGAUAAAUUUAUUACAGCUGUAACGAAAACUGGCAUUGUAGAAGCGGUUUUAUCGUGGGCCAAAUUUAAAGCUGAUAGUCAGCUACAAAAGUUAGGACCCAAGUCGAAACAAAGAAAAUUACAAGGAAUACCAAAAUUAGAAGAUGCUAAUGAUGCUGGAACCGGUAAAUCGUUAGAUUGUACACUUAUAUUAACUGAGGGAGAUUCAGCCAAAACUAUGGCUGUAUCUGGACUUGCGUCCAUAGGUAGAGAUAAAUUUGGUAUAUUUCCUCUAAGAGGUAAAAUUUUAAAUGUAAGAGAAGCGACGCAUAAACAAAUUCUGGAAAAUCCAGAAAUUAACAAUUUGAUCAAGAUUCUUGGUCUUCAGUAUAAAAAGAAAUACGAAACUCGUGAAGAUUUAAAAACAUUACGUUACGGAAAACUCAUGAUAAUGACUGAUCAGGAUCAGGAUGGUUCUCACAUCAAAGGGCUGUUGAUUAAUUUUAUUCAUCAUAAUUGGCCAUCAUUACUGAAGCUAAAUUUUGUAGAAGAAUUUAUUACUCCUAUUGUUAAAGCAACGAAGGGAAAUCAAGUAUUAAGUUUCUUUUCUGUGCCAGAGUUUACGAAAUGGAAAUCUGAAACCGAUAAUUAUCACACUUAUAAGAUCAAAUACUACAAAGGUUUGGGUACCUCUACCGCUAAAGAGGCAAAAGAAUAUUUCGAAAAUAUGGCUAGACAUAGAAUUCGAUUUAGAUAUGAUGGAGAACAGGACGAUCAAAAUAUUAUAAUGGCAUUCAGUAGAAAAUGUGUUGAUCAGCGUAAAGAUUGGUUAAUGAAUCACAUGGAUGAAACAAAAAGAAGAAAGGAAAUUGGACUUGGGGAACGUUAUUUGUACGAAAAGGAUACACGUACAGUAACAUUUUCUGAUUUCAUCAAUGUUGAAUUAGUUUUAUACAGUAAUUAUGAUAACGUUCGUUCUAUACCGAACAUGAUUGAUGGUUUUAAACCGGGACAAAGAAAAGUAGUGUAUACGUGUUUAAAGCGUAACGACAAACGAGAAGUCAAAGUUGCUCAAUUAGCUGGUUCUGUUGCUGAACAUUCCGCAUAUCAUCACGGUGAAACGUCUCUUAUGUCAACUAUUAUUAAUCUCGCGCAGAAUUUUGUAGGAAGUAAUAACAUUAAUUUACUCCAAUCAAUCGGUCAAUUUGGUACGAGGCUUGCUGGAGGCAAAGAUGCAGCGAGUCCUCGUUAUAUUUUCACAAUGCUUAGCCCGUUGGCGAGAUUCAUAUUCCACAAACACGAUGAUCCUUUAUUAAAACACGAAUAUGAUGAUAAUCAAAAAAUUGAACCAGUUUAUUACGUACCAACUAUACCAAUGGUAUUGGUGAAUGGCGCUGACGGUAUAGGUACUGGAUGGAUGACAAAAAUACCAAAUUAUAAUCCUAGAGAAAUAAUUGAAAAUUUAUUUAGAAUGAUGGACGACGGUGAACCGAAACCUAUGAUACCAUAUUAUAAAAAUUUUAAAGGUACUAUAGAGAGUUGUGGAGAAUACAGAUAUGUUAUUAGUGGAGAAAUUUCAGUAAUAGGCCCAGAUAAGGUGGAGAUUACUGAACUUCCAGUUGGAACUUGGACACAAGUAUAUAAAGAAACUGUGUUAGAACCUAUGUUACAUGGAACAGAUAAAACUCCAGCUGUUAUUAACGAUUAUAAGGAGUACAAUACAGACACGUCUGUACAUUUUAUAGUAAUAUUAAACCGUGAUAAGUUAGUUGAAUUGGAAAGAGACGGCCUUCAUAAAGCUUUCAAAUUACAAACAACGAUGACAGUUACAUCUAUGUGUGCAUUCGACGAAAAUCAGUGCUUGCAAAAAUAUGAUAGUGCCCUUCAAAUUUUAAGAUGUUUUUUCAAAGUAAGAUUGGAAAUGUACCAUAAACGUAAAGCUUAUUUGGAGGGUAUUCUACAAGCAGAGGCAUCUAAACUUUCGAAUCAAGCACGAUUUGUUUUAGAAAAGUGUGAUGGUAGUUUAGUGAUAGAGAACAAAAAGAAAAAAGAUAUGAUAGCUGAAUUAGUCGCACGAGGAUACGAGUCCGAUCCCGUUGUAGCUUGGAAAUUAUCGCAGAAUAGAGAAGAAGUUUUAGAUGAAGUAGCAGAUAAUGUCGAAGAUGAAGCUGCUUUAUCGACCGCUGUCAUCGCGCAAGAAAAUUAUGAUUAUUUAUUAGGAAUGACUUUGUGGAGCUUAACGAAGGAAAGAAAGGAUGAACUGUUACGUCAACGAGACGAAAAAUUAGCAGAAUUGAAAAGACUACAAGCUCGAUCACCUGUCUCUUUAUGGAAAGAGGAUUUGGAUAAUUUAUUGAGUGAACUAAAUAAGUUGGAGGAGAAAGAACGCAAAGAAGAACAAAAGUCCAGGCAAACUAUUAAAAAACCACCGCAGAAGUUUUAUUCUUCAGAUGAAAUGCGACGAGUAGCUCCUGUAAUUGAUACAGAAUUGAAGAAAAAGAUUGAAAGAGCAGAUGUAACCAAAGAUAAGAAGGAUGGUAUCAGAAAACAUAAGAUAAAGAAAGAAGCUACAGAUGAUAAAGAUGAACUUGAUAUGUUAGUUGAAGCGAAUGUUAAGUCUCUAGAGGAUAGAUUGGGCAAUUCUCCUGACAAAAUAAUUGGCAAAAAGAAAUUGAAACAAACAACGUUGCCCUUCAAGCCAAAAGUGAAGAAAGAAAAGGCGGACAAAAAGAAAGAUAAGGAUAAUGAUAGUAAUGAUGAGAUUGAUUUUGGCAGUAUUUCUCCUCCACCAGAACCACGUGCGUUACGUAAAACUGCAGUCAAAAAGAAAUAUAACCUAAGUAGCGAUGACUCUUCGUCCAGUGAGGAUGUGGUUAGUCUUUCUUCAGAUACAGAACAGAAAUCUAAACCCACUACAAUUGUAAAUAGUGAUUCCGACGAAGCCGUUAAAGUACAUAAGAAACCAAGUUCGGAAGAACUUUUUGACUCUUUAGUUGGUAGUUCUCCAGAAAAGCAGCAACAGCAGCAACAAAAACCUGUUAUAUCGUCUAGCGAAGAUUCCUCUCAAAUAUUUUCCCCUCCUAAAAAGGCCCCAUCUAAAAGGAAAACUGAAAAUGGCGGUGGGAAAGGAGUGAAGAGACAAUUGAAAAAGAAGGUAGCCUCUUCUGAUUCAGAAUCGGAUGAUGUCGCAUUUGCGAGUAAAAAAGCUCCUGUAAAGAAACGAAAGAAGAAGUCCGAAUCAGAGGACGACUCUUCCGUUGUAGAUAAUUCUCCACCUCCAGCACCAAGGAAAACAGUUGGCCGUUCUCGUAAACCCGUUUCGUAUGCUAUUCAAUCGGAUGAUGAUGAUGAUUCCAAUUGAUCGAUUUUGUAUAACAAUUUUAACAAUAUAAAUAAACACAUGGCACGUGUUCAAAUUCGAACUGCAAAAACACAAUUUUAAGUUUGGUUAUGAUACAAAUUAUUGUUAGAAAAAAUUUUGUGAUCAUAUUUGAUAUGAAUUUUAACAAAUUUCUGCCUUGAUAAAAAUCAUAAUCAA